GCAGCGGGGACCGCGGGCCGCGGAGCGAUGCGGGCUGGCUGAGCCCCGUCGGCAGGGCAGGGCACGGCCCCCGACUCCGGAUCGUCCCGGGCCCUGGGGGAAGGCGGACGAGGAGGGACGGCAGCGCCGGAUUCCGCCGCCCGGGGCCGGCCCGGCCCUUUCCACACCUCCCUCCGGCACUGCCCGGCCCCGGCGGGCCGACCCGCGGGGCGGGGAGCAGGCGGCGGCCGCCGGCGGGGAGCGGGCGCGGGGCUGCGCAGGCCCGGAGGAGGCCCCGGCCCCCCGCUCCGAGCGGGCGCGGCCAGCGGGGCUCGGCGGCGGGGCUAUGGGGAGCCGCGGGCUGCUGCCGCUGCUGCCCCUGCUGCUGGGCGCCGCGUUGCCGCUGCUGCGGCCGGCGGAGUCGGCGGACCCCGUUAGCGCCGAGCGGAGCCUGGCGUGGGGCCCCGGGCUGGACGCGGGGCUCACGCUUCCCGUGCGGUACUUCUACAUCCAGGCGGUCAGCCCGGCCGGACACAACUUCUCCCGCUCCCCGCCAGGAAGAACACAGUUUAAAGUGGUAAUUAAAGCACUUUCUCCAAAAGAAGUCACUAGAAUUUACACCCCUCGCCCUUUGGAUAGAAAUGAUGGCACAUUUCUUAUGAGGUAUCGGAUGUAUGGGAGUGUCAGAAAAGGGUUAAAAAUUGAGAUACUUUAUGGUGAUCAGCAUGUAGCUCAAUCUCCUUAUAUUUUGAAAGGACCAGUUUAUCAUGAAUAUUGUGACUGUCCUGAAGAAGACCCUGAGAUCUGGCAGAAUGUUAUGUCUUGUCCAUCCCAAGAACCUCAGAUUACAAAGGACUUCAUUUCUUUUCCUACCAUUGACCUUCAGCGAAUGCUUAAGGAAAUCCCAACAAAGUUCAGUCAAACAAGAGGUGCUAUUGUUCAUUACACUAUUCUCAAUAAUCACAUCUACCGUCGCUCCUUAGGGAAGUAUACAGACUUCAAAAUGUUCUCCGAUGAAAUGUUCCUGUCACUGGCAAGAAAGGUUCGUCUUCCUGAUGUGGAAUUUUAUCUUAAUGUUGGAGAUUGGCCAGUUGAGUAUCGGAAAGCUAAUGAUACACCUGGUCCUAUACCUGUCAUUUCAUGGUGUGGCUCUGUGGAUUCAAGAGAUAUAGUCCUUCCAACGUAUGAUGUAACUCACUCAACUCUUGAAACCCUACGUGGAGUCACAAAUGAUCUCCUUUCUAUUCAAGGAAAUACAGGCCCAUUCUGGGAAAACAAAACCGAGAGAGCUUUAUUUAGAGGUCGAGACAGCCGAGAAGAACGUCUCCAUCUUGUCAAGUUAUCCAAGGAAAAUCCAGAACUACUAGAUGCUGGAAUAACAGGAUAUUUCUUCUUCAGAGAAAAAGAAAAAGAGCUGGGAAAGGUUCAGCUGAUGGGCUUCUUUGACUUCUUUAAGUACAAAUACCAAGUGAAUGUAGACGGGACUGUAGCAGCUUACAGGUUCCCAUACCUCUUGCUGGGUGACAGCCUAGUAUUGAAGCAAGAUUCCCAGUACUAUGAACACUUUUAUAUUGGAUUAAAACCUUGGAAACAUUAUGUUCCAGUUAAGAGAAACUUAGAGGACUUGCUAGAGAAAAUAAAAUGGGCUAAGGAAAAUGAUGAAGAAGCAAGAAAAAUUGCUAAAGAAGGACAAUUAAUGGCAAGAGAAUUACUUCAGCCUCACAGGCUUUACUGCUACUAUUAUAAAGUGAUCCAGAAAUAUGCCAAACGCCAAGCCAGCAAACCUGAAAUACGGGAUGGAAUGGAACUUGUACCUCAGCCUGAUGACAGAGACUCAGUAUGCAGUUGCCACAGGAAAAAGCCUCUAAGGGAAGAUCUAUAACUGUACCGGAUGGAGAAAAUCACCCACUUCCAAUGCAAGAAUUUAAAUAGGAAUUAAGCUGUGAAAUCUAAGACACUUAUGCACUAGCAAACAUUCUUAGUUAUGUAUUCUUCUUGUAUUUACAUAUUCUUUUUCACACUGACUCUGAUCUACAACAUCGGUUCCCACAGUUGUUUCUUGAUCACCACCACCAGAUAGGUCUUGAGCCUGUAAUGGGGAGUGUCUAGGGGAUUUGUCUGAUGUACUGCAUCAUCAGGAAGAAGAGCACAGUGCUGCUCGUAUUCCAGCUGGGGCCUAGUUACCAAAGUUUUAUGAGGAACCAGUCAUCCACAAAAGAUCUUCCAUGAGUCAGUGCAAGUUAUUCUAAAGGAGUAUUUGCAACAUACUAAAACAGUGUUAUGAUUUCUUCAUGAAGUUUACCUCAGUGUUAGAUAGUUUCUUGUAUACAAAACAAUUUUCUAACUAGACAAAAUGAAUAUUUGAGAUUUACAGAUACCAAAUCUGGUGUUGUCUUGAGAUUAUGUUGUGGUCUAUGACAGAUAACAGAAUAGAGAGCAUCAUAUAAUGCUUACCAAUUUCAGAGGAAAAUGGAGAGGAGGGGGAAUGAUCCGAAUAAUAUUUUCAUAAGCA